CGUGCUAUGUUGCAUUUGAGCCUUGAAUAUGAUUAGAAGUGUGGUUUUCUGUAAUAGGCUUUGUUCAAUUUGUUAAAGGAAAAUUGAGUCCUUUGUUCGGCUUAAAGCCUUGAAGAUUACUUUUGGAUUUACUAGAUUAUUGGAUUGAUUAAUGGAAGAAUAUUCAUUUUCAAUUUGAGAGCUUUGGAAAGAGCUAUGCAUCUAAAAAUGAAAGUUGAGAUGAACUUCAAGACACAUUUCAGACUAAAUGAUAUUUUGUUGUUUGAUAGAGCUGACGAAACUAGGGUAAAUUGCAGCGGCAAGUUUUCUCCUAUUCAAGUUGAAUUCGUCAAUUUUCGAGGGAAAUUGGGGGUUGAACACCGUCGGAUUCUGGCGAGGCGCUGGCGGCGGAUGUCGGAAGUCCGGCCAGGGCUCCAGCAGUGGCUUGGGUUGGAGUUCCAAACAGGUCUGUUGGGUCGGGAUCUGGGUUCGGGCAGCCGGGUUGGCUACCGCCAGGCAUGUUGGGGUGGGUCCGGCAACGAUGGGGACUUCUCUGCCUGGGGCAGCGGGUCCGUGGAUCUAUUCCUCGAUCUUGAUUUCGCACAGGUCACUUGGUAUGAUUUGGCAGACCUGAAUUGGAUUGAUUGAUUGGAUCACCAAUAGAAUAUGGUUGGAGUGUUAUAUUUUGUUAUCGGAGCAUGUGGUUUUAAAAACGAUUUUCGGCCAAAAAAAAGUUUACUUUCGAAAAAAGCAUCUAUUGCUUUGCGACAUCACUACUCGAGGAGACACCUACUGUCUAUGUACCAUGAAUAAAAUUGCUCCGCCAUCUCAACUAGAUUCCAUCGCUCCAGUGACGCUGUUGAAGGAGAAGAAAGACGAUGUGGCAAU